GCUGUUCGCUAACGGAAACGUGGCGCGCUGUCCGCCGGCAUCCGCGUCUCCGCCGUCGUCGCCUCCUGCCGCAUCGCGCGCAACAAGUCGGAUGGUGCCUGGUGGCGUGCGAACCAGCGGAGGUUUGAAUCCUCGAUCGCCGCCGCACCCUUUCGGUGUUCCAUCCAGAACGCCACUCAGCGCGAUCGACUUCGGCACCGCUGUCCCGCAGGCGUCCGCGAACCCCUCUGUGGGACUGCUUGAGCGGGCCGGAGGCGGUUUGCGUAGUACCGAGGCGCGUGCGGAAGCGCUUCUGCAAUUUCCAGGCAAUGAUAGAGACCUCCUGAUGGCGGUGCGCAUGCGUGGGUCCAAAACGAGCUCCUUAGUGUGGAUGCCGCAGCGAGCAGUAGGGGAAUUCGAUGAAGUGCUAGCACCCGAAAUGGGAGGCCUUCCGGGUUUUGACGAGGAUGACGACGUGGUCGCGGCUUUCAAAGAUUACAGCGGCUCCCCAAACGCCCUGAGCGGAUAUGAGGUUUUCGACGAAGAUGUGCUCAGCAUGGACGGCGAGCCAGAGAGCGGGGAAUCCGGGAAUAACAGUGUACACGGCGACGAGAUCAACGAUGGAACGACCGAGCACAACGGCACAGCAGCCUCAGCAGGCAGCUCGCUUCUUCUGCCGGGAGUAACGCAGCGUCCCCGUGCGCGGUCCGCGCCGACUCCUCGGUCCGGCAACCGCCUCGCAGCCUCUCCGCAGCCAGGGUCUCCCGAUCGCUUUGGCGCCGCCUCCGCGGACCUAAAUCGGGAGAACAGAGCGAUACCUUCCUCGCCCAUUCAAGGACGUCGACCCCGAGUGCCGGCUUUGAAUACCAAUGCGCCUCCAGGUGCUAGUGCGGAUUCGGGCCAUCGGGUGCAGUUUAGCGGGGCAGAUUCUAUGGGCACAGAAGGAACCUUUCCGACCCCGGAAGUGGGGGCUCGCUAUUACUACAAGCCUCGAGCGCGCUUUCUAAGCCUGCCACUCGCCUACGACGACAAGAAGAUGCCCAUCUCUGCAAUACGCUUUGCCCUUUUCUCUGGAGAUCAAUUGCUGAUGCAUGACUCUACGAGUCGAACCUAUCUCUUCCGCAAGAACUUAGAAAGUCGAGAAGUGGAACUCGAACACGUAGUGUCCAAUCCGCAGUGGCGGUCUGCUUGCGCGCUAUCGGAGAAUCGGUUCCUGCUGCUCAAAGUUGGCGCCCUAGAGAUAUUCGCGCGCUCGGAGGCCGUUGGGUGAAGAGAACAAAGGAUGAGAAGCUUUCCCCAUUUUCUUGCUUGUGUACUAAAGCAAAAUUGUGUAAUUUAAAGAAAAUGUGUAGGACUACCACUGCAACUAACUUACUCAAAACAAUAGAAGGGCAGUUCAUAUUCAGAUCGAGAUCGGAUGAGUACAACAUCUUUCAUAUUGUGCGUUGUCGUCAUCAGGGUAGACCGUAUACAUAGAGAAACGUGGCCUGCUACACAUAUUAGAGAACGGCUGAGCUGAACAUGGGAUUGCGCGGCGGGCCAUGCGAUUUUUUUAGAACAACAUCACAAUUCGUUCCACUUGUAUGACGUAGGCGGCUUGUCAUGCCUCGUAAGCUGCGACAGAUUGCGUUCACUGCAAAUAAUAGCUUUCUGAUUUUUUGGUAUGCAGCCUCUCCAUAUAUUUUCAUAGGCGUCUCCGUGUGUCAUCUUACAACGCCUGCCAAGUCGUGCGCCCGCACGUAUAUGAAACAAUCAAACUGUAUUUUCAUCUAGGCGGGAGAAGUGUAGGCAGAGGCGGCGGCUGCGACUUGAAUUAUUUUGCUCUGUACGUAGAAGUAACUUUAAGUUCCUGCUCUGAUUUGUACUGGUUUCCUUCACAUCCAAUGAUCCUCAGAUAGAUUGUUAUCACUCUGUAACGGAUAUAGCUUGCCCGCUCCUAAUUUCCUUGUAUCUCCUGGUGCUCCUACAUAGCUCAUUUAUCAAAUAGCUCCGUUGUUUCAAAUCUAAAUGUAUCCGCUUUUUACUGCUUGGACAUCAUCUGUAAGCGUGGAGUUUUUUUCCCUCAGUUUCGUUAGAUACGCAAGUUGUUGUACUAGAAAGAAGUAUAAGUUGAUGGUAAGUAGUUGUUUCUCAUCGAGCCCACUAUCGCAGCUGGCAAAUCGAUAUUCCAAGUGAGAUUGAUAUGCCGCAUUGAACAUAGGGAACGGAAUGGACAAUUCAGGUGACGUUAUGGAAACGGCUGAUUCGCUGCAUUUUUGAACAUACAAAUUUGCUUCGCCUAGGUCUGGCACGCAGAUCAUGAUGUGAGUUCCGACACAGUCCCCACACUCGAAAAGCGUUUCCUGAGCAGGCUGGGCUCAGCAGUAGCACACUGCUUCUCCUUUAACUAUCACAUCCUUUUGUUCAUCUUCAAUCCGUGCAACUAUGUUGAAUUCUGAAUUUGUUAUCAGUUGUUGACGUCGCGUGGAAAAUAUCGG